CUCAUGACAGAAGCCAAAUAUCUUCUUUUGACCCAAAAGAGAGAGACAAAGAUUUCACGAUUGCUACAGUCAAAAGCAAACUCAAUAAAGAGUAAGCAAACAAAAAACCCACCUUCCUCUAAACAUACACUCUUCCCUUACACACACACACACUCCUCCUAAGUCCUAAGUCCUGACAUUUCUCUCACACGCCAAUGGUUUUCUCAAAACUUGAACAACCACAUCACCACCGGAAGAACCAUCGUCCCCAUCCCACUACUUCACUGCUUUACCAUCCCAACCUGCCAAUCAAAAUUACGUAGUUUUGCCCUACUACCGCCCGGCACUCUGUUGGUGCGGUUGUCGGAUACUACGCAUGGCUUUCUUGGUGUUGUUAGCUGCCUCGGUGUACAUUUUCUGGCCGUCUCAACCUGAAGUAAAGAUUGUAAGGAUGCAUGUAAAGCGCAUGCAAAUGCAUACCGUACCUAUCAUAGCGCUAGAUAUAUCUUUGUUGGUUACUUUGAAAGUGAGGAAUUCGGAUGUGUAUUCCAUGGACUUUACCAGCUUGGACAUGGCCGUUGGGUACAGAGGGAAGAUGCUGGGGCACGUGAAGUCGGAACAUGAUCACCUGAGGGCGUGGGGUUCGUCUUACUUGCAGGCAGAGCUGGAGCUUAAUGGGGUUGAGGUGUUGUCCGACGUCGUGUACAUGUUGGAGGACUUGGCUAGGGGAACUGUCCCGUUUGAUACUAUUACGGAGGUUGCAGGCUGGCUUGGUCUGUCCUUGUUUAAGUUCCCUUUGAAGUUUGCAAUUGAGCACCCUCACUUCAAUACUCAAACCUCUGCGCAGAGAAAUACAAUGAAAUGGAAGCAUUAGUGUCAUAUUCUAAGAGUCUCAUGCGAGAUUGUGGUAAACAGAACCAAUCAGACUAUCAUCCACCAAAAUUGUUACCCGCUGCUAAGGAUGCAUCAACAAGUUAAGUUGCUUUUCUUCUAAGUCAUAACCAAACUUUUCCUCUUUAUAUCACAGAAAACAUAAUACAUCUCUAGAGCUUAUGCACUAAAUCCCUGACAUCCAUUAAAAUAAGUCAUGACUGCAGUCCUCAAACUGAAACAUCUGCCAUUUUUAGACUGCAAAUGACACACUUUUCAAUUGUUUCUUGGAAUUCAAUACUUGAAAGGUAGCUGCUAGCCAGCUAGGAGCCACUACCCACUACCAUUGCAAUUACAGGGCAAUUUUUGGUCAGAUAACUGGUCGAGCAUGCCUUGUUUAAGAUGCUCUGCAAGCAGUUUAUGUCUGGAAAAGAGUAUUCUAUUGAUUUUGCUAAAUUGUUUUAAUAUGUUUAGAAAUGAAGUUGAAAGCACUGGAUAUGACCUCGAGUGCGGUUGAUUGCAUGAAGUGCAGCAAAGCUGAAAGAUUCACCGGUAUCCCAGACCUGCGUUUGUAAACAUUGAAAAGGGUUUGGGGAUUGUAAAGUUUGAUACGUGCGCAGCAUAUCAUGAUAUAUAGUAAUCUAGCACAUCUUGUUUCGAUCAUACUGGACGCAUUGAUUAAUCUGUAUAAAGUGGAUCUUCCUAUCAGCUUAUGACUAGUUAAGAGUAUAAUAUAUUCCCAUUUAUGCAAAAAGUUAUAGAUUUCUUGUGUGAAACUACAAGGAAAAUCUUCUUGGUGUACAAAUUCAA